UAUGUAUAGUGUCGUCGACAAAAAGGACGCCAUUAAAUGGGUGCUCGAGUCGAUCCUUUUUUCCCGCCUUGGUAGGCUUUAGUACGCAUGCAUGUGUGUGUAUGUGUCGGGUGCCACUACUACAAGGACAGAAUCCAUUUCGUUUUAUUUAUUAGCAUCGUUCCGUUGGAUGCCACUCUGAUACCGAUAGUCGGUGGCUUUCCCGCGGGACCCGAAGGGACGGGGGAGAAUCUUUCCGACAUUAACCCGAUACCAAGGCAAGACAAAGUGAUGAGUGGCAUUAAGCCUUUCGGCCACCUUGCACGGCUUCCGUACUGAGAGUUUUUUUUUCUGCAGUGUGAAAGGGAAACGGAGUUAGGGAAGGCUUGUAUUCUUCAUCCGACAAUGGAGGCUGAUAAGAUAGAAAGUAGGAGGAAGAUGGGUGCCGAGGGAGGAGACAACAUUCUAGUGAUAGUAAAACUUUUCUUUUCACCACAUCUCACACCACUACCGCCAGCGGGCAUGCUCCUCUGUUCAAGAUGGUUAGGAAAUAUAGGAGGACCAGGCCAUUUUUCGCCCAGGAAACCUUUGAUGACUUCAUGGAGCUUUUCCAUUGAGUUAGUUGCUGCUGAACGGCGGACAUUUCGUUUCGAGAAAUCAGAGCGAAAGAAAGAGAAGGGGUGUCCGCCCAGCCUAUCCAGUCUGAGAAUGACCGACGGCCCGUUCGUGUACGGUAUCGAGCUGAGGGAUCCACCGACGGUCCCAACCGAACUCACCCAGUACGACCUGCUGUUCGGUCCGGGCAGUCUCCUUUACCGUCCGCCCAACAGCAUGGCCGCCGACUACGGUGACGAGCUGUACGGUACCAACCUGUCGCUUGCGCUUGGCGAGCUGCUCCGAGACAACAUUUCCGCCACUGUGGUCGGCACCCACAACCUGUCCGGGGACGGGCGCAGUGCGGCCGGUAAUCUGCCGCCAGCCACCGGAACGGGCACGGCCGGUUCGCGCGGCGGCGACGGCACGUUCCAGAAUCAGCUCAUCAUCCCCCUGUACGCCAUUAUCUUCUUGCUGUCGGUCGUCGGCAAUCUGCUGGUAAUUUUAACGCUCGCCCAAAACAAACGGAUGCGCACGGUCACCAACGUAUAUCUGCUGAAUCUGGCAAUUUCCGAUCUGCUGCUCGGUGUCUUCUGCAUGCCGUUUACACUCGCCGGCCAGGUGCUGCGGAGGUUCGUCUUCGGUAGCGUCAUGUGCAAAUUAAUACCAUAUUUCCAAGCCGUCUCGGUGUCGGUGGCGGUCUGGACGUUGGUGGCGAUCUCGCUUGAGCGCUACUUUGCCAUCUGUCGGCCGCUGUCAUCCCGCCGAUGGCAGACCCAGUUUCAUGCCUACAAAAUGAUCGGCCUGGUGUGGACGGUCAGCUUUCUCGCGAACUCACCGCUCGGGUACGUGCAGCGACUGCUGCCGGUCGGCCGCAGCACCGGCCAGAUGAAGUGCCGGGAAGAGUGGCCCAGCCCGGCUUGGGAAAAGGCGUACGUGCUGUUUCACGACGUCGGGCUGCUGUUUCUGCCCCUGCUCACCAUGGGCUUCGCCUACUCGAUGAUCGUCUCGAAGCUGUGGCGUGGACUCCGACACGAGAUCAAACAUUCUUCGCUGUACCAGCAGACGAGCCGGCAGCACGGUACGGGCGGCCAGGGCAGCAGCGUCGGGGGAGCUCCCACUGGUGCCGCGGCUGGCAGUGUGGGGACUGCCAGUGGGGAGCAGCACUGCACAGGCGAUGCGGGCAAGCCACCGAAGCCGGCCGGUGGUAAGCGGCACGAGCCGGGAUUCGUGCUAACGUCCAGCCUGAAGAAGGCACCGUUCAAAUCGUCUACAGCGGUCGUUAACUUUGCCAGCAACAACAACACGAUCAACAAAAGCAACUUCAGCGGUGCUGGAAGCGGCAGCUCGAGCAAUGGUGCCGGUAGCAGCGGCUCGAGCAAUGGCAGCAAUGGCGGUGGAUGCAACGGUUCCGGGGCGGACCAGCGAACGCACUACUGUGGUGGUGCUGGAUGCGAAAGCAGGCCCGGAAGACUUCGAGGUUUUCGCCAUUUCUUCGCCAAGCAGCACCACCGGCACGUUGGACUCUGUCGGAAUCAGCGCUAUCAGCGCAGCAGCACCACCGCCGCGCCGGAAGGUCUGCCUGAGCUGGCCGAGACGAAGUUCGACGAAAGUGCGUCGGUCGGGCAGCAGCACCCGUACCACCACUGCCACUGUCAUCAUGCGCACGGAUAUCAUCAUCACCAUCACCGGCUGCCGACCAGCACCAUCGUGAAGAGUACGCAGCAGGACGCCAAGCACGAGAUCGUGCUCGGUACGGGCGAACCAGGACCGGGGCUCGAACCAGCCGGUGACGCAGUGCUGCUUCCUGGCGCACCGACGGGUAGUGCUGCCACCGCACCGGAAACCGGCCAGAGGGACUGUGACCCGUCCGCUCUCAACCCGGAUCCGGCCUAUCAGUUCUCCCGGCAUGCGAUCCGCUCCACCUACAUGGACAAGAGCAUCGAGGCUAAGAAGAAGGUCAUACGGAUGCUGUUCGUGAUAAUCGUCGAGUUCUUUGUUUGUUGGGCACCACUACACAUUCUCAACACGGUAUAUCUGUACUCGCCGACCUUCGUCUACCAGUACGUGAACAGCAGCGGCAUUGCCCUGGUGCAGCUGAUGGCGUACAUCAGCUCCUGCUGCAAUCCCAUCACGUACUGCUUCAUGAACCGACGCUUCCGGCAGGCAUUCCUCGGCGUCUUCAGCUGCUACCGCAACCGCAUGCCAAUCUGCUGCUGCUUCUGCUGCGCGUCGUCGAACGGCCCGAUGGAGGGGGCGGAAUCGAAGGCGGCCGCCUAUCUGCGCCAGAACACCAUCAACCAGUCCGGCGCGGAACGGAACAACUCGGACAUGUCCGGUAACGAUUCACUGGUGUACGUCGGACGCGGGCUCGUGCAGCGUUCCGAGAUAUUGAUUCUGGAAUCCGAGGAUCGGGUUUAGCACCGGCUCCGAUCACGUGAACAGCUCCGUCUCGAUCGUGAACUCGAUCAGCAGUGCGAGAAUCGCGCAGAUCAUCGAAACCGACCCGGAUGACGAUUCAUUUCGGUUGCGUAUCACGUGGUCAAAGCCAACCUCGGCUAACUACUCAAAGACUGCAGGCGGUUGUGAUAGCGAGCGCUACUCGUAGAACGGACGGCUGCCACCAAGGGAUGGUUGGACCAGGAUUAAGGGAUGGUGACGUACUUUCAAACACACUCGACCCGCGAAGGACCAAGCAGCGCUGCAGCACAUAAUGUGAAAUAAGGUGUGCUCAGAAACGCAUCCCGCAACGGGCAAAACAAAAGUCAAGGAGCAGGAUAAUUCUCCCCUCCACACGAACAUUGAGAAUGUUGAUUAUUCUGAACGCUCUUGAUCCUGGGUCGCAUGGAGCAAGCACACUCCAGAACUCUAUUCCCGGUAGUGCGGUAAGCUCGCAGCAAACUUAUCGUUCCGUUGGGUGCAGAGACAACGAAACAAAGCGAAAAGGAAGGCAGUUACUGGCGGGCAUAGAAUGACCCGAAGUUUCUGUGUUUGUUUUUAUAUUUUUGGAAUAGCGAAUAAGGAAAGGCGCGUACUUCUAGAAGGUGGCAGCGUUUGUAAGCUGCCCGGUUAAUCUAAUGUUUAAGGUUAGUAUUUUCCGUUUCGAUCAAUUGCUUUUCCUCACUUUUCCCUGACAAAGCGGUCAGACAAGUCCAUAUUCGGUCUCUGAUAGCGUACCCAUCCGGAAAAUGGUUCCGGUUAGUCGGAAAAUUGAUAAAUACUUUCGUAGAUGACUGUUGAAUCCUUCCCGGGAUACUUACCGGGCUUGUACCAUCGACUAGCGUUUCCAGGGAAACAGGUCUGGAUCUAAUAAUCUUGAUUGGAUUGUUCGACUGUGUUUGUGUGGAUGUGCGUGUGUGCGCUCGAUAUUCGAGAAGGAAGGAUUGGAUCAUUCUUCCACCCAGCGCACAUUGCAUCUGUAAUAUGGUUGAGCUGGGAAAACUUUGACCAGUUGCCAUACUCUGAUGUACUGUUCAUACCAGCCAUCUGAAAGAAGAAGAGGAGAAGGGAAAGUGGAGCAGAGAAGACCGAUAAAAUCCCCGAUAAUCUCAUGUGGACUCUGAAAAUCCCAGUGACCAUGUGGCAGUCUCAGUGAAGGAGCGUAAUAAUGAAAGCGUGCUCAGAAGCGUAAGUGUGUAAAUGCAAACCUGAGGGAAGAAGCGAGGUGCAAGUCUAACAAGCAUUUGGGAUUAGACUCGGCAAAAGGUAACAAAAGUCCAGCUGCCACCGGUUUCGGAAGUUACGGUUUCCCCUGCCUCAAGGGACUGCCUCAUAAACGUUACGGGUUAUGGUAAUGUCACAUAUUGUUUCGUUCUUUUGCAUGACCGGUAAACAGCGAUUAAAGUGAGCAGAUAACUCGGCUAACGAGAAUGUGGGAAGAUGAAUAAAUGUUGCCUACAUUAAGGCUGCUUCUUUCAAGUCAAGAACUGUCACAAACAAACAGAAAAACGAAGAAUUGAUUGCAAAACUGCCCCUACCCAUCUGGAUGCUUGGCGCUACGGUACUAUCUGCUUCUGCUUUCCUUUCUCCUACGCGCGUAACGCGUAACGCCCUUUUGUUUGUAUGUUUUACCGAGGAGCAGCUCCCAAAAAAGAAAAAAAAAUCAAAAGG